UUUUGUGGACAUAACCUAAGAAAUGUAAUGCAUUAUAUCAUACCAUUUUAAUAUUUGAAUAAUGUCUUUCGGUUUACACAAUAAAAUGUACCCGGCAAAUCACAAAACCGUGUUUGUGUUAGAUCACACUCCCUACUUCGGAAUUUCAUGCGAGAAUGCAAUUGAAUUUGAGUUUUUAAAAGGGAGAACGCCGGGUUUUAUUCCAAUGAACCCGAUCUCGAAAUCACUGUGGACUUCGAGCGUGGAGUCGGCUAUGGAAUAUUGCCGGAUCGUGUGGGAUUUGUUUCCACAAGGCAAAUUAGUGAGAUUUUUUGCUAGCGAUACUGUGGCACACAUAUUGAACACUUGGAGUUCCAGUCAACAGACUUUGAGUCACAUUAUGAAUGGUAUGGCUUUAAUUGGAGUACCACCACCUCCUCCGCCCUUGCGCUCAACAACUCCACCUCCCGAUUACACAGUUCUCCAUGGUUUAAGGGCAGCAAUAGAAUCACUCUGUGAACCAACUGAAUUGCAGGUUGAAAAUAUAAAAAAUGGAGAUGGCCAGGUAUUAAACAGAUGCCGAAUUAUAUGUAUCAGUUCAGCUAGAGAUAACGAGAGCAUGAAACGACUGGAAGAGAUAUUUUUAAGUGUACUUAAUCAACAAAAUAAACUUGUAUCUGGCAGUGACAGCUUACUGACAAUCGACCAUUGCCAUUUAGUUAUAAUUAACACGUUUCCUGUUAAUAUAGAACCUCAGGUGAAUAAUCAUCCACCUAAAAAUCUUUCUGCAGUAUUAACCACAGAAGUGCAUUCAAUAAAAGCCCCACAAAUUCCUAACAAGCUGUCAUCAUUAAUUUUGGAACACUAUGAUUUAGCCAGCACAACAGUAACAGGGAUUCCUAUGAAAGAGGAACAGAAUGCCAGCUCUUCAGCAAACUACGAUGUUGAAAUAUUUCACGCUAGUUCAGCUCAUACCGCCAUUUUGAAGGGUAACGCAUCUGAUUCUGCUGCCAUAAGGACAAUCAAAGAGGGACUUGAAUAUGAAACGGUGACUCUAAAAUGGUGUACACCAAGAGGUAUGAGUGGCUCUGAAUUACAAAAUUGUACAGCAAUGUUUCGCAUAACACCAGUAGAUGUUAAUUCUAGGCCAUCUCUAUGUCUUAUAAACUUUCUUUUAAAUGGCAGAUCUGUUAUGCUUGAAAUGCCCAGAAAAGCUGGUGGAAAAAUCACCAGUCACUUAUUAGCUGCUCAUGGGGGUGAAAUUUUCAUUCACACCCUUUGUACUGCCAGAUCAGUGUUGGAGGAUCCUCCCUCCAUUUCAGAGGGCUGUGGAGGUAGGGUAACUGAUUAUAGGAUACCAGAUUUUGGGCUCCUUAUAAAACAGAACACUUUGUUGCCAAUUAAGACUAAAGGAUCUGAUGGUAUUAGGCCCAUUGAAAAAGUAAAGACCAGGUUAAGUCGGCUCACUAGAUAUUGGCCCCUUACUAUAAGUUCCACUCUAAUAUUCAAUUUGAAGCAGUACAUUGAUCCUUUACCUGUAAUCAUCACAAAAGACAAAAUAGCAGAUGAAGAAGUGUUCAUAUGCAAGAAAGUAAUUUAUAACUUAAUUGCCUUAGAAGCCAAAAUGGAGCCUCUACAUCCCCAAAACUCCGGUCAGAGGCUCAAAGGUCAGAAGCGAGAUGAGCAAUACAAGGUUAUGUGGAAUGAGUUGGAAACUUUAUUAAAAAACAAUUUACAUUCGGAUAAUCAUAAAGCUAUUUACAGCUGUUUGCUGGAUUGCCACAAAUUCAGUUCGGAAGACGAUAAAAGUACAGAAAAAGUUGAACUAGACGAUGCCUUAAAUCAACUCGACAACAUAGGACCAGGUAAAGAUCAAGACAUACCACGCGCAUCAGUCAUAAGGGCAACCACCGAUUCACCAAUGUCGCCGCCCCCUCUCGCAACCAUAACCCCACCAUUUUCAAGGUCAACAAGUCGAAGUAGUUCCAUAUAUAACACACAACGUACUUUGCUGGAAAUAUUUACUUCGCAGGACAAAUCAAAGGGUCGACCAGAAUUUGCAGGCCGACAAGGUGAUAGUUUAGUUGCCAAAUUGUAUCCUAACCUUAAAACUGAAGAUAGAGGUCCUAGAUCAGAUGCAGGAGAAGUUGAAUAAAGUUAAACGAUAUUUAUGUAUCAAUUAAAGUUUUUUACUGAUUUUUUUUGUAUUGAAUAUGCGUACAUCUCUCUGGUCGAACUAUUAAUUAAACCCCAACCAAUUAAUGGGAAAACGAUAAGUGUCGGUGUGAAAAAUAUUGUAAUAUUUGAUAUAUUUCUUGGUUAGUGGUAAUAUUGUGGCCUUACCAUGGACAAAAUGAUUUUCCGCUCAUGCCUAUACAUUUGUCCCACUAACCUGCAUUUUGUGCCAUUUUGUUUCUAAACGGCGAUUUCCACUCGAUUAGCUCCAAACUUAUUGACAUGUCAACGGCCAUGAUGGUUGUUGAAUGCCACCAGUUUAUUGCGUGAACCUUCUCAAAAAAAAUUUCAUAGCUGCUUCAUAAGUAUUUUCUGCAUAGGCAGUGCCUCUAGUAGCUAUAUGAUUAUACCAAAUUAAAAAAGAAAUAUAUAUACUGCAAUUUCACUUAAAAUCAUUUCCAUAAUAGCUCCGAUUUUCCUAAAUUUAUUUAAUGACUAUUGCUUUUCUUAUUAAAAAUAAAAAUAUUUUUUAUUGUCGUAGUAAAAAUCUUAAAUCAAUAAACAAAAAAAGUGUUCCUCUUUGUCGACAAGUAAAAAUAUAACCGAAUUUUUCUAUCAAGUAUUUAAACUAAGUUGUAGGCUAAAACUGAUACUAGAAAAGUUUGUCUCUAAUUCCUACUUUUGAUUAAAUGGGGUUUUUCGAUGGUCAUUCCAUUUCUCCGUUGGCAACUCUUUGAAUAUGUUAUGAAUUCAAAUGAUGAGUAGAGGGAUAAAAAAAACGAACCACAUGUUGGCGUGAUUAUUUAUAUUUAUGAAAAUAUCCUACAAAACCUCGGAACUCAUCUACAACUGGUAUUUUUUACAGUUACAUUGUGUAGGUGGGCCGGGCCGGUCCUGGUCUCGAAAAGCACGAAGUGAGGCUAACAGCGAAUAAUCAAAAUAUAUGUAAGGCCCGGACUGGCCCACGGCCCGACGUACCAGAAAAUAA